AUGAGCGAGGACUAUGAGAUCACAUUGAAGCCCACGUCAGUCACAUCCAGUCUUGGCACAUUUGCAAUAAACGAACGAUAUCAGGCUUCCAAAGCCGAGGUUCACAAGUCGUUAGCGGGUAGGUAUACAUUUAAGUGCUUUUUAUCUUUUAUCCAUUCCAUUUUACAACAGAAUUUUCAGAGAACAAACCCUUUCCUCAUUUUUAUUUCGAAGAUUUUCUUAGCGAUUCCUUAGGUGUUAGCCUUUUGGCCCAGGAACUGAAAGCUAUCAAAACAUGGAGCAGGAAGGCCAACGAUCUGUACUCUCUACAACAAACUCAGGAUCUCAAUUUCUUUGAUUGGGAGAAAUACCCGAAUUUAUGCUUAUUUCGUCGAUUCUUGAAGAAACAGCUCAAAGAUUACUUGAAGGAAGUCACUAAUCUCGAUCUCAACGACCACAUUGCUUGCACCGGUAGCCGUUACUUUCAGACAGACACUCUUCUUCCACAUGAUGACAGUCUGGAUGAAAGGGCAAUUGCAUUUAUAUUUUACUUGAGCGAAGACUUUACUCCAGAAGAUGGUGGAGAACUUAUUGUGUACGAUGCUGAUCUCAAUACUAACAGACCAACUGCAGAAGCCAAACGAUUCUCUCCUAAGCAAAAUUCUCUCUUUAUAUUUCCAGUCCAAACCAAUACCUGGCAUUCAGUCGCCGAGGUGUUAACGGAUAAAGUGAGAUUGACAUUGAAUGGCUGGUUUCAUGUUACUGGAAAGAAAUCGGCGGCUGAUCCUGCGCCUGAAGCUCCACUCAUUAAGACAUCUCCUGAAUUGAACGUCACAGUAAGGCCCUGUUUUUAUGUAACGACCUUGCAGCUGAAUGAUAUCAGAACGUGGAUUAAUCCAACCUAUGUCAAUGUGGGAGCACAUAAGGCCAUCAAGAAAGAGUUCUCUUUGCGAUCUCAGCUUACUUUAGACAACUUCUUCAAUGAGGACUAUUACUUUGAAGUCCUCAAGGAAUUGGAAGCGUCCAGUUUCAAAGUUCUUGGAACUAUUGAUAGAAGGUAAGGAGAGACUUGGUUACCUCAUAUUACGUUGCAGAAACAUUGAACGUUUAGAUGAAAAGGAGAUUCCAAAAGACGGAGCGUUGAGGAAGAUGCUUGACCUCUUCCGAUCCGAGGCCACAGCCCUCUUCCUGACUCAAUGGACUGGACUCAAACUUUAUAAAGUCGAGGAUAUGGAUGACCCACGUGAGUUAUUUAAUAGUUACAAUAAGUAUAUAUUUAUUUUCUUAGGCCCUAAAAAGCCCCGAAUAGAAGAAAGAGUGAAUGAUGGUAAGUGAGGCUUGCAGUAGUCGAAAAUGUUUGAAGAUGUCAAAAUCCUUUCUUCCUUGAGUCGUGUUAAGCAUCGUUAUUAUUCUUUGAUCGACAAUCAAAUGGCAGCAGAUGCAGAGCACAAUGGCUAUGCCUUGGACUUGGUCAUGUUCUUCAUGAAAGACAAAGUGUGGCCAGCCGAUGGUGGUGGAUUUAUCAGCUAUGCCGCAGAGAAUGAUCCCGAUGAGGUGUGUUUCUGCAAAUGAAUGUCGUUUUACACUUUUUUCAGAUAUUAAGGAUACCACCUCGUAAGAAUUCUCUGGCGAUCGUGUUCAGAGAACCAGGAGUGAUGCAAUUUACAAAGUACGCCAAUUGCUUAGUCCAGGAUCAAGAAUAUUACGUUUUUAAUCUCACGUAUUUUGGUAUAAACUAUGAGGCGGAUUCAGAAUUGGAGUCGAAUGCGGCUGAAGACGAGGUGAGAUAACCAUUUUUAUAAUUUAUUGGUUUAGGACUCUUUUGAUGACGAGGAAUUGGAAGAUGAUGAGACAGAAGAACCGGGUCCUUCAAAAUAA